AUUAUCCUACAUGCAAUAACACCUCACUUGGGAUCUCUGCGAUACAAAUCUCUCUCUUCCCUCUCUCUCUAAAAACUCUCUCACAAUAUUUAUCUCUCUAAAAACUCUCUCACUUACCAGAUCUCUCUCGCUCUCCCCUUUAUAAUCAUUGCAAAAAGCGCCAUUAGUUCCCUCAAAACCAUCUUUUUCUCAGUUUCUCUCUCUACUCUCUCUCUAUACCUUCACAAGAACCAGGUUCAAUUCUACGGGACGAUGUCCGGCUUUUUCAGGUGGAAGACCGUAAAGGAAUCUGCAAAGGUCUCUCAAUUCACCGUCUCCGUUUCCAGAUCCAGUUACCCCAUUGUUUUUGAGAACCACAGCAACCUUAAGAAGCCCUUCACUCGCUCUCUCUACCAGGUAUCGAGCAUCUCGACCCGAGUUAACCAUUUGCAUGUUGGAGCUUAUCGGAGGAGAGAGAAUUUAGGGUUUCAGGAGAGGAACAAAUGGGAAGGAGGUCGAGAUGAUGGGAUUCACCCCAAGAGAAUUAGGGCAGAGGUGAAUUGUCCUCGAUGCUCAAAACAAAUGGAUGUAUUGAUAGCACCCAAUUCAUUAUCUGUGAGGUCUCUCUCUAACCGGCCCCUUAUUGGUGAUCAAAGCUUCCAAGCUGUGAAUUUGUGCCCUAAUUGCAAGACCGCAUACUAUUUCCGGCCAUUUCGUCUGGUUCCAUUGCAGGGGAGUUUCGUGGAGAUCGGUCGAAUCAACUCCCAUGAUUCCAACUCCAAUGAUUCGAAGGAUCCACCCGUGCAGGAUUCCCGGGUUUCUUUGAAAACUAGGGUUUCAGAUGGGAAGGGGGAUUCGAAUUGGGAACAAGAAGGUGAAAACAGUAACAAUAGCUAUGAGAAUAGGCUAAGGGCUUCAUUUUGGGAGACGUUGAGGUCAUAUGGUGAUCCACCGGAACAUUGGCAACCUCCACCUGGUAAUGGGAUUGCAGUUCAAAGCCCACCAGGCCCACCAUUCCCUCCAAAUUUGAAUGUUGUUAGGGCAAGUGGGCCUGGUGGUGGUGGCGGUGGUUCGAGCAAUGGUGGGGGCUCGUUUGGCUCAAAAGAUGCGUGGGGUGGUGCUAAUCUGGGCAAAGAUUUGCCUACUCCAAAGGAGAUUUGCAAGGGGCUGGAUAAGUUUGUUAUUGGGCAAGAGCGUGCGAAAAAGGUGCUCUCAGUUGCAGUCUAUAAUCACUACAAAAGGAUCUAUCAUGCAUCUUUGCAAAAAGGAAUUGGAGGAGAUUCAAGUUGCUCUGAAGCUGAAACUGAUGAUGGUGACCAUGUGGAGCUUGAGAAAAGCAAUGUGCUUUUGAUGGGUCCUACAGGCUCGGGGAAGACGUUACUUGCAAAAACUUUGGCCCGCUUUGUGAAUGUGCCAUUUGUUAUAGCAGAUGCCACAACAUUAACGCAGGCAGGAUAUGUAGGGGAAGAUGUAGAAUCUAUACUGUACAAGCUACUUACGGUGGCAGAGUUCAAUGUGGCUGCAGCUCAACAAGGAAUGGUGUAUAUUGAUGAAGUCGAUAAAAUAACUAAGAAGGCUGAGAGCCUAAAUAUUAGUAGGGACGUUUCUGGGGAGGGUGUACAACAAGCAUUGCUGAAGAUGCUAGAAGGAACUGUGAGUGUUGUGAAUGUUCCCGAGAAGGGUGCUCGGAAGCAUCCACGUGGUGACAAUAUUCAGAUUGAUACAAAGGAGAUUCUUUUUAUCUGUGGUGGUGCUUUUGUUGACCUAGAAAAAACCAUUUCUGAGAGGCGGCAAGAUUCCUCUAUUGGAUUUGGAGCUCCGGUGCGAGCAAACAUGAGAACUGGUGGUCUCACGAAUGCCGUAGUUACAUCUUCAUUGUUGGAAUCGGUUGAAAGUGGUGAUCUUAUGGCAUAUGGUUUAAUACCCGAAUUUAUUGGUCGGUUUCCUAUACUGGUUAGUUUGUCAGCUUUAAAUGAGGACCAACUUGUUCAGGUCCUUACGGAACCUAAGAAUGCUCUUGGAAAACAGUACAAGAAGAUGUUCAGCAUGAACAAUGUGAAGUUGCAUUUUACUGAAAAUGCACUGCGACUAAUUGCUAAAAAAGCUAUGUCUAAAAAUACUGGUGCCAGAGGUCUUCGAGCCAUUCUGGAGAGUAUUUUGACUGAGGCUAUGUAUGAGAUCCCAGAUGUCAAAACUGGAAAUGAUAGAGUUGAUGCAGUUGUGGUUGAUGAGGAGGCUGUGGGGUAUGGUGACAUGCCAGGAACUGGUGCUAAAAUUCUCCGUGGAGAUGGUGCCUUGGACUGCUAUCUUGCCGACCACAAAUUAAAGGACCCAGUGUUAUCCGUCGAUGGGUCUGAGGGAGAAUCAGAGGUUGAAGCUGAGCUCGCUUCAAGAGCGAUGAGCAUGUAAUUUUUACCCGUCUCUCAUUGUGUAAAUUAAAGAUAGUUGCAGUCAUAAAGAAAUGAUGUAAUUAUCCUUGUAAGGCAGCUUUCGUUUGUUCACUGAAAUGUAACAUUCUGAUUUAAUAUUUAUCCAAGAAAAUAGGUUAAAAUUUCACAGAAU